AUGUCUAAAGCGGAUGUGAAUGUGCCUACCGAUGUGAAGCAGAAGGAGAAGGAUAUCAACCAGAAGCUCCAGCUAUUUGGAAUCUAUCAUGCCUUCAAGAACAACAAACUUCCUUCGAACAAGCAAUGCGAUGUUGCCUUGAACAGUGCCUUGACCUCCAAGGCCCUCUCCUCGCCGUCCAAUGAGCUCUCCAGCGAGGGUAAGGUCCUGAUCAAGGACCUGCGCAACGUCAUCGAACAGGCUAAACUGCUGCUGCUCUCCAAGAAUGAGGGUGAGCUGCUGCAAGAAUUCAUCUGGCAGGCCCAGCAUAUCACCGCAGGUGAUGUGAAGGCCCCUAACGUACCUGUCUCCAGGGAGACCGGCCAGCAGGAUGCCAACAAGGCUUUGGAGGGUCUCAAGACCCUUGGCACACUUCUGAUCACCAACGGAGAGUUCCGCAAGAUCCUGAGUGAUGCCGUCGUUUUGAUCCGCGACAUGGCUGCCGACGCUUCCCAAAAGGCCGCCAACGUGGUCCGCCCCCCUGAGGAGCAGCUGGCGCAGAUUGAUGAACCCGCAGAGGAGAACACCUGGCACGAGAAGCCUAACGUCUCCAAGGCAGACAUCAAGCAGCGCCUCAAGAAGAACAAGGGCGAUAAGGACAGUGUUGCCUCGCCCCCUCUCGCCGAGACUGCUGAUUAUGGCACGGAGGAUGGUACUUCUAUCACUCCUUCGGAGGAGAUCCGCCGCAAGAGGUAUGCCCAGCAGGCUCGGGAGUACCUGUCGGAGAAGGUUCCGAAGGAGCGCCGUGAGCAGGCUAUCUGGCGCCUGAAGAAGAUGAUCAUUGAGAUCCAGGGCCACGCUGAUUACCAGCAAGCCGUUGAAACAUUGCUGAGCAUGGCCGAGAAGUAUGGUGGUCACACUACGAGUGCCACCACUCAGAGCGGCGCUGCUGUUCGCGACAUUCGGUCCACCGACCGCGUUCGGGUUGUUGAGCACAACCUGCGCACCCUCAUUGAGCGUUUCGCCAACAACACUUCCCUGGCUGACUUUUUCGAAUCUCUGAACAACAUCUACCGCGACGCUGACAAGGACCCCGAGCUACGUAGAUGGUUCUCGAAUGUCAACACCUACAUCCGCAAAUGUCUGCGCGAGCAAGGCUUCAUCAUGCAGGACGAGUCUACUCGCCAGUGGAAUGAGCUUUACGACAACGGCCGCUACCUCCUUCGUGAGCGCUACCGCACCCACACGGACCGCAUUGUGGACGAGACAAAGUUCCUCGCGGAUCAGUUCGACAAGGAUCCUCAGAACAAGGCUUUCGCAGACUCUAUUCAGAAGCUGUUCCGCGAUCUAGGUCGCGAUGCUGGCGGCAAGGUUGUCUUCAAGAAGCAUCUACUCAAGGAUAUUCGCGAUGUCAUCCUGCCUGACAUCAUCGAGAACGUCCGCUAUGUCCCCAUCCCUCGUAUUGAGGUGUCGGAUCCCACGGUCGACGUGGUUGUCGAGAACCUUACCGUUGAGAGUGACAACCUCAUGCCCAACGUCGUCGAGGUUGGCAGCGACAACUACUUCCGCUGGGGCCGCAAGAAGAUCAGCAACAAGCGUGACAACAAGAUCAUGAUCGCCGCGUCCGGCAUCCAGGCUGAUCUUCGCGAUGUCAGCUAUUACAUCAAGAAGAAGGAGGGCUUCCCCUCUAUCACCGAUAUUGGUGUCAUGGACAUCAUCCUGGCCGGUGAGGGCUUCGGUUUCAAGAUUGCCGCCUCUACCGCAAACAAAGGGGACAAGCAGCACUUUGUCAAGCUGGACAAGGUCACCGUGAACAUCAAGAACAUGGACAUCAAGCUCAAGAAGUCCAAACACAAGAUACUCUUCGCUACCUUCAAACCUUUGCUCUUCCGCGUUGUUCGCCCCGCCCUUGAGAAGGUCAUCGAGGCCCAGAUCCGCCAGGCAUUCAGCGACGGCGAUGCCUACGCCCAUGAAAUCCACCAGGAAUCCCUGCGUGCCCAAGAGGCUGCUCGCGAGGACCCGGAGAACGCUCCUAGCAUCUUCGCCCGCUACGCCGACGCCAUGCGCGCCCGCGCCCAGGCCAAGGCUAAGAAAGCAGAGGCUGUCGUCAGCCGCACCAAGGUCCAGACGGUCAUGACCAUGCAUGACUCUAUCUUCCCUGACAUCAAGCUGCCCGGCGGUAUCUCCAGCAAGGCCACCGAGUACGCCGAGCUGGCCGCCAAGGGCGAGAAGUGGGAGUCGCCCAUCUUCAGCAUUGGUGCCGCCGCAGAGUCAAAGAACAUCCCCAGCGCUGGCCAUGUCACCCGCAAGCCUCACCAUACCGCUGAGGACCAUGCCGGUCCGGCGGGCGCUGCUGGAGCCGCUGCUGCUGCGGGCGGUAUUGGUACUACUGGUGCUGCUGCAACUGGCAGCGCCACGGGUCUUGGAACCAACGGCACAACCAAGGUGGACAGCUACCCUUCGCGUGGCUUCUCCGAUGAACUCGAUGAGGCCUUUGUCAAUGACAAGACCAAUGGUUUGGGCACCGGAAUCAAGUCCACUACUAACCGUACCACCAACCGUACCACCAACCGUACCACCAACGUCACCAAUGGCUCGGCCGCGGUGGUUUAA